AUUAUAUUUUCUCUCACAGUUUUCAUGUAUUUUUGAUUAAAUUCAAGUUGUUAUUUCUUUAUUUAAAUGUUUUGCUCGAAGGAUGGUUCAACAUGAAGCAAAUCCGAAUUUCCCUCUCAACGAUGGACUUAAUGAGUUUCAAUUGGUUCAUGCUCUUAUAACACAAAGUCUAAACAAAUGGUCAGGAGAAUCCCGUGAUCAAAAUGAUAAUUCAGUGAAACUUGAAUCAAAUUCACAAAACAACAUUUUCACGGAAGUCUUCCAUUCGUUUAAUUCUUCACAAAGGAAAAGAGUCUUCCCACGCUAUGUUAAACAUUUUCUAUCUCAAUUUCGAAGAUCAAAAGAUUGUUUCAGCAAUCAAUCAAGUGAAGACCGAACCGUAACGCCGCAAAAUCGUUCAACGGUGGUACGUCAUGCAUCACUUCAUUCAACCCCACCUAGUGAUGAGAAUUCGCCGAAAGACCUUAAAAUAUCAUCAUCAAAUGUUCAUAAGAAGGUGCUUCAUUUUGAAAACUGUGCCAACUCUAAUUCUACUCCAGAUGCAGGUGAUCGCGUCCCACCCACAAACCCCACACCACCCACCAGCAGCUGUGUUGAAAAAUGCCCCGGUGGAACUUUUUACCCCCCAACACCUACUUCCAGCCCCACCAAGCACAAAGAGAACCCCACAUCCAAACCCUCGACCCCAGAACCCCCAGGAAGGCCCCAGGUCCUCACAGGGCGAAACUUAAAACGUGUCCCAAGCGAGCGCUUCCAAAAAAUGCGUCGAAAAGUUCAAAAACUGAUGCUUCCUGCUGUGAAGCCUGUCGAUACAGACGAGGUGUUUUCCCGAUGCGAAAAUCAAGAUGAAACAUCUUUCCUUCAAUCCCUUCGCAUCCCAACCCCAUCGCAAGUCCGACAGGACUACGAGCGUCAACCAUGUAUGAUGCUUCGUCUGCCAGACCACAUCCUAUCCCAGGUGUUUAGCCACCUUGACACACGUAGCUUAGCUGCGAUGAAAUGUUGCUGCACUGACUUCAAGUUUAUAAUAAACACAUUCGACAUAAGAGGAUGUGAUUCACGCUGGAUGACAGAUGAGAGAUACAUAGAUGAUCCAUGCAAGCAAUGUCGUCGUCAGUUUGUUCGAGGAGACACCACAAUGUGCUGUUACCAUCCUAAGCGUUACUACUCUGAUAUCCCAUAUGGUAGAAGUUACUGGAUGUGUUGCUUAAAAUGCAACAAGAAUGCACCCGGCUGUAAGAUUGGAUUGCACGACAACGACUGGAGAACUGCUUCCAAUUGAUUUUUAUCCCAUUUUUAUUUUAUCUGUGCGCUUCCGCCACUCUUGUGCAAACUUCGUUGUUUAAUAGUUUAUUAAACCUGCAAUAAAUAAAUUUGUUGGUU